AUGUACAUAUUUUACAACAUAUCGACAAUAGUACAACAAGUCAUCCUGGUAACAUUCUCGGAGACCGUGACCUCUGUGCUCACCUCGCUGCAGAUGUUGAAUAACUGCUUGAAGAACCUGCUGCAAGAAAUUUUAGACAGCUCUGAGUUGACAAACUGUGCGCUAAACUACGACAGCUACAUCAACAUGAACCCCAACAGGUCAGCCAUUCCAAACAAAUCCAUCAACAGCGUUGUUGAUACCAUGGCUGUAUACAAAGGUUAUAGAAAAAGUUCAAUAAAGGCGGUUCCAAGCACAAUUCGACGUCUAGCGUUGCUAUAUUGUUCCAUAUGUGAUGUCAUACGCCUGGUCAAUGAUAGUCACGGACUUAUCCUGGUGGCUCUUAUGCUAUGCCUGCUUCUGCAUCUGGUCAUCACGCCGUACCAUGUCAUCACUAAUAUCUUCAACAAAGAAAGGUCUGAUCGUUCGAGUCCCCUGCUGCAAUUAAACUGGGCUGUUCUUCAUUUCGUCAACUUAUUGCUCAUUGUAGAACCGUGCCAUCGAACACACGAAGAGAUGGAACAGACACGCCACCUCAUCAGCCAGAUGAUCCGCUACACGCCGUCAGAGCACGGAGUCCUCCUAACUGAGCUGCAGAUGUUCUACCAGCACCUGAUCCUCAACGAGGUGUCCUACGCACCGCUCAAGAUGUUCUCCUUGAAUAGAUCGCUCAUUGUUACGAUACUAGGCAGCAUCACAACCUACUUGGUUGUCGUUGUACAGCUAUAA